AUGAAACCUUCUUCCGGAAGUAAUCCCGUUGCUACACCGAACCAACGCCGAAAGGGGUACAACUGCUAUGCGUGCUCGGAGCCUGAUUCCAUUUGCGAUCUCGUCCAGUGUGAUCGCUGCAAGCGCUGGUGGCAUCAAUCGUGUGCGGGAGUUACUCCGUCGGUGGAAAAUCGGCCAUGGUCUUGCCGACUAUGCUCACCAAUACCCAGCCAGCCAACAAUUCGUGCUAAAUCAACUACAUCCGAGAAAAGCUCCCGGGCUCGCAAACGUGAUCUUCAGCUGCAGCAGCUUGAUGAAAAGCGCGCAUUGGAUCGCAAAGCGAGGGAAGUGGCAUUGAGAGCCACGUUGGAAGAAAUAGAGGCCGAGAAACAGCAUGUCUCGGAGAGAUUCUCCGUUAUGCAGGCGGAGGAUUCUUCCAGCGAAGAAGAAGAAGAAGGUGAUCGAUCGAUUUUGAACACUACAAUCGAGCGGUCUUAUAGAACUCAAGAUUGGGUACAAUCAUCGCCCACCAUCAACGAAGUGAAUCAGCAGCAGGCAACGAAUAGCAGCGCGAUUCAAACCGAAUCCAACCAUCAAGAAUUGCCACCGACCCCCCAGCGGAUUACCGGUGCCUUUCCAAAGCGGCGCAGUAUGGUCCAGCAUCCGGAUCUGGGUCCUUCCAGAAUGAACUGGCCGAAUUGGGAUUCCCUUUCCGUGGUAGGAAUGCAUCAAUGGGAAUCGUUAUUGCUGCGAAAGAACGUCUUUCACGUGCAAGAUCCGAAAGCAGGGCCGCUAGAUCGUAACGCGGUUUAUGGGUCGCCGGUUAUUGGUCGUACGGUCCAGGAUUCCACCAGUACAGCGAAGGAUAAACCAGAGGUCCAACUAUACCAGUCGGGACCAUCAGCUCCAGCGUUGGCACCUCCGACCAGUUCUGGUUAUUGUCUACCAGUACCGGAAAUUACUUCACGCUCGGUGCUCAGUGCGCCGAAUCAGGAGACAUCGAAUAGGAAUGUCGAACCGGCAUUCCUUAGGCCUUCAUCAAAACCAACGGUACCCAACCCAAAUUGGGCGCAGCCUAUUCCGGCGAUGGCUCAACGGCAGCAGGUCGGUCCGAGGGGCAAGCAAAUAUUGGAGGAGCAGCGUUCAUCGAAAGCGGGUCAACCGCCCUACCAGCAGUGGCCGGAGCGAUCGACGAUGAUACCGUCGGUGGUCCAGCCUUCAACGUCGGGUCAACCGGUGCCAUCUUCAAGGGUUUCCAACCAGCAACGGCUCUCAUCAACACAGCCACCGGUAACCACUCCUCCCCCCCUCCAUCAAGCUCAAGAGCUUCUUAUCAAUGCCCUACUGGAUAAAGUUCGUUCCGUCCCCGCACCGAAAGCGGAUAAGCUGGCAACUUUCAUAGAUUUCGGGAUUGCAGUACAAAGCCUUUGUGGUCAUUUGGAUGCUGCCAAUCAACAAGACCAUCUGUCAAAUCCGAGUCUGCUGAACGAGCUAGUGAACCGACUGCCUCCAGAUUAUCAGUUCAAGUGGGUGGAGUUUAGUGAGUUCGAAGAAAGAGUGGAUCUGAAACUGUUUUCAACGUUUGUGACGAAAGUGGCGAAGUCUGCAAGCCGUGUCUCCGUUUACAACGGAGCAGUGAAAAGGGAGGACAAGCUGAAACCGAAGCGUGGAUCUUUGAAUGUGCAUUCGGAGUGUGAGGAACGGAACCAGGUGCCUACCGAGAAGCUUUGUCCAGCCUGCUUUCGAAAUCAACAUUCACUGAAAGAUUGUAGCAGGUUUUCAGCAAUCAGUGUCGACGAGCGGUGGAACCUUGUGCAGCGAUAUGGAGCGUGCCGCAAUUGCCUGAACUUCCAUGGGAAGCGGUCCUGUCGUAUCAGCGGUAGGUGUGGAGUCAACGGUUGUACACAUCGCCACCAUCAGCUCCUACAUUCCGGACGUUCAAAAAACUCGACAUCAAAUCCACGGGAACCUGGUUCAGGAAGCGGACAUCAGAACAAGCCAACGACGAGGAAUUCUGCUAAUACCGUAGUGCCAAUCUCACAGCCAUCUACUUCUCAUACACCAACCCAUGGAAACAACUAUGCUCACCAUAGUCCGGAACUUACUUUCUUGUUCCGAAUUCUUCCAAUUACGGUUCAUGGGAACGGCAAGUCAGUGGAGACCUUUGCCUUUGUUGAUGAGGGGUCGUCACUCACUAUGGUCGAAGACUCGCUCGUUGAAGAGCUAGGAAUACAAGGAACACCACAGGUUUUGUGCCUCCAAUGGACCGGCGAUAUGAUGCGUACAGAGCAGGAGUCCAAGAUUGUCGACAUCAAGAUUUCUGGUCCGAGUAAAAACAAGAUGCGUUUAAGCGACGCGCGUACGGUGAGCAACCUUGCUCUCUCCACUCAAUCUCUGGAUUAUGAAGGUUUGGUUAGAAACUACCCACACUUAAAAGGGCUUCCAGUUGCCAGUUACAAAAAUGCCGUGCCUAGAAUCCUCAUCGGCGUCAACAAUUUGCACAUGACAGUUCCGCUUCGGAUCAAACAAGGUCGCACCAACGAGCCGGUGGCAGCGAAGACGAAGCUGGGUUGGUGCAUUUAUGGUGGCCGGUCCUCAGAGCACACAGCAGUCCAGGUGAACUAUCACGCGUGUAGCUGUUCACAAGACGAUUCACUGCACAAAGUAGUGAGACAAUACUUCGAGAUGGAAGAAAUGGGGAUUCAUGCUACUACGAGACUAGAGUCAGAAGCUGACAUGAGAGCGCGCAGGAUUCUGGAGGAAUCGACACAGAAGCAAGGAGACCGGUACGAGACGGGUCUGCUGUGGAAGUACGACCAAUUUGAAUUUCCCGACAGUUAUCCGAUGGCUUUUAAACGAUACGAGUGCCUGGAGAAGAAGAUGGCUCGGAAUCCGGAACUGCGGCUAAACUUGACGAAGCAAAUGGAGAGCUACCAAGCCAAAGGGUAUGCACAUCGUAUAACCGAAGGUGAGCAAGUUAAUUCUGAUCCAAGACGUGUCUGGUACUUACCACUAGGCGUUGUGGUGAAUCCGAAGAAGCCCGGGAAAGUGCGGAUGAUUUGGGAUGCAUCAGCGACAGUCGACGGCAUCUCACUCAACACUAUGCUGCUCAAAGGUCCAGACGAGUUAGCCCCUCUUCCUUGGGUACUUUUUCGGUUCCGACAGUACGAGUUUGCAGUUACCGGAGACAUUGCUGAAAUGUUUCACCAGAUCCGUAUCAACGAGCGUGACAGACAAGCGCAGCGGUUUCUUUGGAGGCCGGAUGGAAGCAGUAAACCUGAAACCUACGUAAUGGACGUCGCUACGUUCGGUUCAGCGUGUUCACCAGCGUCAGCCCAGUACGUGAAAAACAGGAACGCCCAGGAAUUCAAACAGACAAGCCCUCGCGCGGUUGAAGGAAUUAUAAGCGGACAUUAUGUUGAUGACUACGCCGAAAGUUUCAGCACCGUAGCCGAGGCAAUCAAGAUAGCGACAGAGAUCAAAUCGAUACACGCAGCAGGUGGUUUCAAUAUACGGGACUGGAGAUCAAACAGUGAGAAAGUUGUGACAGUCCUUGGUGGAAACGUUUCUCCCGAACCCAAAUCCCUGAAGCUGGAGACAACUUUGACUGCCGAAAGAGUGCUUGGAAUGCACUGGCUGCCGCAUGAUGACGUCUUGGGCUAUUCUACCGCUUUGGCCCCGGAACUGCAGGAGAUAGUGUCGUCUAAACGUAAACCUACGAAGCGCGAGGCACUUCGCUGUCUUAUGACGUUUUUCGACCCCUUAGGGUUGCUCGCCGCGUUUGUGUUGCAUGGAAAGGUCUUACUCCAGGAUAUUUGGCGCGCUGGUACGCAAUGGGACGAAGUCGUGGGAGACGAAGAGCACGAGAAAUGGCUACGCUGGAUCGAAGGUUUUCCGCUUAUCGAUAGCUUGCAGAUUCCACGAUGUUACUUCGACAGUGUUGACUACGAUGAUCUACAACUCCACAUUUUCGUGGAUGCUAGCGAGGACGCCUGCGCUGCUGUGGGAUACUUCCGUGCUCCAAAGAUAACCGGGGGGUACGCGUGUGCACUGGUUGCAGCAAAAACGAAGGUCGCACCUUUGAAGCAUUGGUCCAUCUCACGCCUGGAACUUCAAGCGGCUGUAAUGGGAACCCGUCUAAGAAAAUUCAUCGAAGAAGGCCAUACAUUCGAAAUAAAGCGAUGUGUUCUCUGGUCCGACUCAAGCACUGUGCUGGCCUGGAUACGGUCCGAUCAUCGGAGAUACACCCAGUUCGUAGCCUGCAGAGUAGGGGAAAUCCUUUCAAACACCAACAUCGCAAAGUGGCGAUGGGUCCCAUCAAAACAGAACGUCGCCGACCUCGCCACCAAAUGGGGACAAGGCCCGCCUUUGACUGCAGAAAACGCUUGGUUUCGUGGUCCGGAUUUCCUUCAAGAAGGCGAGGACGAAUGGCCACAACCGAGGAAGCCGACUAGCACCGAGGAGGAGUUGAAGACGUCUCGCCAAGUAUCCUGUCUCCAUUCUGGGUUUGUAGCUCCAGUAGCGAUCGUCGACACCAGUAGAUUCAGCAAGUGGGAGCGAAUGCUGCGAACUGUGGCAUAUGUACAUCGCUACGUAAAUCGUCGACUUAAGAUGUAUCCCGUCGAAGCAGAAAGCAGUUACCUGAGCCAGGAGGAGUUGUUAGCAGCUGAAAACACACUGUUCUGGAUAGCGCAGCAACAAUCGUACCCGGUGGAGGCAUCUAUCCUUCGACGAAAUCUUCACCAGAACUCGAACGGUCAGGAUCGUCUCCCAAAGCAUAGCGAACUACACCACAUAUCACCAUACUUCGACGAAAACUUUGUCAUCAGAGUGGAUAGCCGAGUUGGAGCAGCAAAAAACGUCGCCAUGACAGUGAGGUAUCCUGUCAUUCUUCCUCCGACCCACAGAAUUACUGAGCUGAUCAUCGACUUCUAUCAUCGAAAGUUCCUGCAUGCCAACUUUGAAACUGUGGUGAACGAGCUUCGCCAGUCCUUCCACAUUUCGAAGAUUAGAGCAACGGUCAAGAAAAUAAUCCGCCAGUGUCAACAUUGCAAGGUAUACAGGUGCAAACCACAGGUACCUAGGAUGGGUCCUCUGCCCGCAGCACGGCUAGCAUCGUUCGAACGUCCAUUCAGCUACGUCGGUUUAGACCUGUUUGGUCCAAUCCUGGUCAAGAGAGGCAGAAGUUCGGUUAAACGCUGGGUGGCUCUAUUUACCUGCUUAACCAUAAGAGCAGUUCACGUCGAAGUAGUCCACAGCCUCACAACAGAAUCCUGCAUUAUGAGCAUUCGGCGCUUUAUUGUUCGACGAGGGGCACCACUGGAAAUCCAUUCGGAUAACGGAACCAACUUCCGUGGAGCCGGCAACAUUCUAGAACAACAAAUCGGCCAGUUUCAGGACGACUUAGCAGCAACCUUCACCAACACUCACACCAAGUGGGUCUUCAUACCUCCAGGAACGCCUCACAUGGGUGGGAGCUGGGAGCGUAUGGUACGCUCAGUGAAAACGGCCAUGGAAAAAAGCUUGUGCGCGGGACGGAAGCUCGACGACGAAGGCCUGAAUACAUUUGUGGUAGAAGCUGAAGGAGUCGUCAACUCCCGACCUCUGACAUAUUUACCAUUGGAUAGCGAGGAAGCUGAAUCCCUGACGCCCAACCACUUUUUGCUAGGCAGUUCGAACGGCGUAAAGCAACCGAGCAAGCAGUUUGUGGAUGGAGCUGUAGCCCUGAAGAGCAUCUGGAACCAGAUAGAGUGCCAGCUGGACAUGUUUUGGCGUCGUUGGGUCCGGGAAUAUCUACCCACUUUGACUCGUCGCACGAAGUGGUUCAACGAAGUUCAGGAGAUCGGUGUGGGGAACUUGGUUGUAAUUGUGAACGAAGCUAAGAGAAAUGGGUGGGUGCGAGGUAGGGUUCUGGAAGUAUUCCCCGGGGUGGACGGGAGAGUUCGCCAUGCAGUCGUGCAAACGAAUAGAGGGCUGUCAAGGCAAUCGGUCAGUAGAUUGGCAGUGUUGGAUGUUGAGCUUAAGGGUGACACGGAUCCAAAGGCAGCCAUCGGCCAGCGUCACGAGGGGGAGGAUGUUGACAUCGGCAACACUGCAAGCGUCGCUUUCGACGCGCCGCUGUGA